AGGGAGGGGAGGAGAGGAGAGAGAAGUUGCUGGCGAAGUUAGGCUGAGCGGUCGCGUUGUUCCUGGUGGGAGACUUCGAGGCGAAGAGGAGGCACCGCCACAAUGUGGAUCCAAGUGCGCACCAUGGACGGGAAGGAGACGCACCGCGUGGACUCCCUUUCCAAGCUCACCAAAGUGGAGGACCUGCGCCAGAGGAUCUAUGAGACGUUCAACGUCGCGCCCGACAGGCAGAGGCUCUUCUACAGGGGCAAACAGAUGGAAGAUGGCCAUUCCCUUUUUGAUUACAGUGUCGGCUUGAACGAUAUUGUUCAGUUGCUGGUGAGGCAAAGCCUGGCCCUCCAGCCCACGCCUAGCAAAGAAAAGGACGUUGAACUUUCAGACACAGACUCAGGCUGUGGCUCAGGCCCAAGCGAGUCUGAUAAAAGCUCCAAUAAUGGGGAAGGGUCUGUGGAGAUGGAGGGGCAACCCAGCACAACCACUCAGGUUGACCUGGUGGACCCAGGCUUUGGAUUCUACAAGAUCAAUGAGUUGGUGGAUGCUCGCGAUACGAGCAUGGGAGCCUGGUUCGAAGCCAUAGUGGUCAAUGUUACCCAGAAAGGAAAAGCGGCCAACAAGGCCAGUGAAAGCGAUGAAGAGUCGGAUCUUCAAGAAAGCUUCCUUGAUGAGGACAUCAUCUAUCAUGUGAAAUAUGAAGAUUAUCCAGAGAAUGGUGUCAUCCAGCUGAGCUCCAAAAAUGUUCGUGCUCGUGCCAGGACUACUCUGAAGUGGGAGGAACUAGAAGUAGGCGAUGUUGUUAUGCUGAAUUACAAUCCCGAUGAUCCAAAAGAGAGGGGAUUUUGGUAUGAUGCGGAGAUCGUACAAAAGCGAGAAACCAGGACUUACAAGGAGUUAUUUGCCAAAAUAGUUCUCGGUGAUGGUGGGGAUGUCCUGAAUGAUUGCCGGGUUACCAUUGUUGAUGAGAUCUACAAAAUAGAAGAGCCUGGAUGUGCUGUUCCACUCACGUCUGAAAGUCCAAUGAAAAGGCAGAGUGGACCAGUUUGUAAGCAUUGUAAAGACAACCCUAACAAAACGUGCCGGAUGUGUGCCUGUUACAUCUGUGGAGGGAAAGAGGAUCCUGAGAAACAGCUUAUGUGCGAUGAAUGUGACAUGGCUUUCCACAUCUACUGUCUCAACCCACCGCUUAGCAGAAUACCAGAUGAUGAAGACUGGUACUGCCCCGAAUGUCGCAAUGAUGCAAGCGAAGUAGUUUUGGCUGGUGAGAAGCUGAAAGAAAGCAAAAAGAAAGCUAAAAUGGCCUCUGCUAAUUCUUCCUCCCAGCGGGACUGGGGUAAGGGCAUGGCGUGUGUAGGCCGCACAAGGGAAUGUACCAUUGUCCCAUCGAAUCAUUACGGUCCAAUUCCUGGGGUUCCUGUAGGCACCAUGUGGAAGUUCAGAGUCCAGGUGAGCGAGUCAGGUGUCCACAGGCCCCAUGUCGCAGGUAUUCAUGGCAGAAGUACUGACGGAGCCUAUUCUUUGGUUCUGGCAGGAGGCUACGAAGAUGAUAUAGAUCAUGGAAAUUCCUUUACUUACACGGGAAGUGGCGGCCGUGACCUUUCUGGGAAUAAACGUACAGCAGAACAGUCUUGCGAUCAAAAACUUACAAAUAUGAACAAGGCUCUGGCACUGAACUGUAGUGCUCCAAUCAAUGAUAAAGAGGGUGCAGAGGCCAAGGACUGGAGAGCUGGAAAGCCAGUUAGGGUCGUGCGGAACGCAAAGGGUGGCAGGCACAGCAAAUACGCUCCCAAAGAAGGGAAUCGAUAUGAUGGCAUAUAUAAGGUUGUUAAAUAUUGGCCUGAAACAGGAAAAUCCGGCUUCUUAGUGUGGCGCUACAUGCUCAGGAGAGAUGAUGAAGAGCCAGCCCCUUGGACCAAGGAAGGCAAGGAGAGGAUGAAGAAACUUGGUCUGACCCUGCAGUAUCCUGAGGGGUAUCUGGAAGCUGUUGCAAACAAAGAUAAAGAAGAUAGCAAGAAAAUAGAAGAGGAGGAAACCCCAGGAAAAGGGAAGAGGAAAAGGAAAUCUGGAAAUGAAUUGGACCAUGCUGUUUCUCCUUCUGGCACACCGAAGAAGACCAAAGGGGAGGUCUACAAGCUCACUCCCGAGCAGAAAGCUCUUAUUAAAGACGACGAAAGCAAUACGAAGCUGUGGAAUGAAGCACUAGAAGCCCUUAAGGACGGACCGAAAUUCCUGAACAAAGUGGAAGAGACCUUCCUAUGCAUCUGUUGUCAGGAGGUGGUGUUUCAGCCAAUUACGACAGUGUGCCAGCACAACGUAUGUAAGGACUGCCUGGAUCGGUCAUUCCGAGCCGAAGUCUAUAGCUGCCCCGCGUGCCGUUACGAUUUAGGGAAAAACUACCCCAUGGAAGUGAACAAGCCCCUGCAGAGCCUUCUAAACCAACUCUUCCCCGGCUACGGCAACGGACGGUGAUUCCAAAAAGCACUUCUGAGUCCCUUUUGUUCAAAAUUGGUUUCCCCCCCCCCCCUCCCUACAAAAAAAAAACUUUAUGGGGUUGUGGGGCUUUAUUUAAAUAGACUUUCAAAAAGCUUAUGUUCCCGUUACCCCCCCCCCCCAGCCCCGCAAAACGCUGAAAUUUUGAGGCGUCUGCUCAUGUAUUCUUGCGGUAGUGCUUUAAAAAUUGCCAAGGAGCGGAUGUGGUUAGAGAUGCAAGUUGCCUGUUAGAAACGCAACACUACCGAUGUUGGCAGAACCUCCGUUCCCAAGACCAUGUUUUCAUUCAAAAUACAAAAACCUCCCCUAUCCAUACCUGGCGUCUUUGCUAGAACAAUCUCGGGAAGCGCAUGGAUUUUGGCCAUAAGUUAGAUGUAUUUCUUUGGCAGUCUUUCUUUUUAAUUAUUAUUAUUGUUAUUAUUAUUCUUGCGUGGCGUGAGAUAUUAAGCGUAGGCUCUGCCGCCCAAGUCAUUUGAAGCCCCCUCGCUCUUGGUUUUCACAGUGUACCAAUUGCUCGCCUUAUCAGCCUUUGUGUAAAGUUACUACCUCAGUCCCUGCAUCUAGCAACAAGGUGCUGCCCUCUACUCAUGGUGCCAUAAGGGAAAAUGUCAAAAAAGCCAUUAGGAAGUGCCUUUCGGGGCUCCCUUUUUUUUAACUGGGACCCUUAAAAUCAGCACUGGAUUUCCUAAACUGCCAAUACUUUUAAGUUUCGGAGUACUAUGAAUUGUGACGCCGCCGUUCCGUAUCGUUCACUCUGGAUAGCCAUUUAGCUGUGCGUUUUUGCUGCUCAUUCGCAACCUUCUUCCCUUGUUUUUGCUUAGCAUGGAAACUUUAAACCUGUAACUUUGAAAUGGAAAGGCUUGGUUAUCAAUUCAGUGGUUGGUAUUUUAUUUUGUCGUCGUUGUCCGUUGGUUUGUUUUCCGUUUUGCCUCCACAGCUCCAUAACUUUACAGCGAAUACCUCAGCAUAAAGCCCGGUUGCCGUGAAAUCACCGCUCGCAUCGGACAGACUGGAACAAAUGUGUUUUGUUUUUGUGUUGUUAAGAGCCUCGAUAAAAUGUAUAUUGUUUGGGGGAAAGGAACUAUUUCUUUCCCUCUCUUUAUGAUGCCACGACGUUUGUACAAAGAGAAGUUCUCAAAAUAAAGAGC